UAUUUGUAGAUAUAAGUAAAGUAGCACACUGUAUGCUUAGUUGCUUUAACCUCGGGGGGUAUGAGGCGCCCUUGCUGAAUGAGGGCAACCAUUGGCGCAGAAUGGGUGACGACUACACAUCCCGUCAUGUAGUGCGACUCACGCUGAGGUGGCCAAGUCUGCGCUCCUCCUCUUUCCAGGCGUUUUUUUACAGGAGGCGAUUUGGUGUCGUGUCUCAGUCUGAGCUAUGGCAGGGGUUUGUGAUGUGUUUCUGGCGGUGUUGGUGGUUUUAGCGGGCUGUUCUGCUGAGCCUUGCACAGAGCCUGUUAUAGUUCCUUCCUAUUACACUACUCCAGAUGCAGUUAUAUCUUCAGAAGUGGUUUUCAUCGUGGAGAUAUCCCUUUCUUGCACUAAUGGUGCACAGAAUGUUGCUCUUUAUGCUGAUGUGAAUGGGAAACAGUUCCCUGUGACCAGAGGACAGGAUGUUGGGCGUUACCAAGUCUCAUGGAGCCUGGAACACAAAAAUGCUCAUUCUGGAACAUAUGAGGUUAAGUUUUUCGAUGAGGAGUCUUACAGUCUGCUAAGAAAGGGUGCAUGGAAUGGUCCUUGGGUAUCCACAGACGUGCUGGCAGCAUUGAUAGGCAUAUUGGUAUAUUAUACGGCAUAUACUGCAAAGAGCAACAUCCAGGCUUAACGAGAGAAUAGGGUUGGGGAAGGGAAUGAUGGGUGCUGGUGUACAGAUAUGUCUUGUUUGCAAUGUAAUAAAAUUGUAUACACAAAAA